GAAUAAUUCAUUUCAGUACGUAUUUUUGCACUCGCUCAUAUAUUCUUGGAAUUUCGCUUCUCCAAGCGAGCCCCCUCUCAUCCCCACAACCGAGGAAGAGUCAAUAUUAACACCUCAUAGAAUUUUGUUCAAUCGCCCUAUAAAACUCAUUCAAUAUGAGAACCUCACUCCUCCAAGCUACGGCACUUUUCGUGGUCCUCACUUCCGCGGCCGCCACCCCACCCUAUCCAAUUCCCGAGGCCGCCAACGAUGCUCCCCAACCCCAAAGACGACAAACCAAGCAUCUCCGACCAAUUAUCGAGCGAGUACCUGCCUCGAGUCUCGAGAAAAGAGCUGAGGAGCCACUUCAGCCAGUUGUCGGAGUCAAGGGAGCUCCAUUAUUAAGUACGUCUCUCUCACCGACUCAAAUACGCGAAGAGUUGGCAACUAACUUGCGGUAGUUCCCGAAAACUCGCUUCUGGAUUCCCAGAACCCAGAUCAUUUGCAGACAAACCCAACUGAUGGGGGUUUGGUCACGAACCUCAAAUGGAGUAUGUCUCUUUCAGGCAUGAAUCUCUUCGAGGGUGGAUUUGUUCGUGAGCAGGUCGUCACCGACCUCCCACCAAGUAAAGACUUUUCUGCAGCUCAGAACCAUGUCAAUCAAGGAGCUAUUCGACACAUGCAUUGGCACGACAUCGUAAGUAUCACCUGACUCUCCCCUUAUUUUUUAUAAGACCGAAAUCUAACAAAUCCCACAGAACGAAUGGGGCUACGUAACCGCCGGCUCCCUCCUCAUCGGCGCCGUCUCCGACGAAGGAAAGAACCAAGUCUUCCGCGCCAACAAAGGCGACAUGUGGUUCUUCCCAAAGGGUCAAGGACACGUAAUCCAAGGAUUAUCCUCCCCCGGCGCAGAAUACCUCCUCGUCUUCGACAACGGCGACUUCGACGCCAAGGGACGAACCUUCAACGUGGACGAUUGGCUCGUCCACACCCCUCCCUCGGUCCUCGCAAAGAACUUCGGCAUGCCAGAGAGUGUAUUCGCCUCGAUCCCCAAGUCCGCAGCCAGUAUCAUGAAGGGAAAUGCCAGUACCGGGUUGAUCUCGUCUCCUAACGGCAAGUUGGAGGGCGCGAGUAGUUUCCAUUAUAGAGCUAGUGAGAAGCCUUUCACUGUGGUGGAGGGUGGACGUUAUUUGAAGGUUGAUAAAUCGGUCUUCCCUAUCCAGACCACCCUCGCUUCCCAGAUUGUUGAGAUCAAACCUGGAGCUAUGAGAGAGAUGCAUUGGCACCCAACUGUAAGUUUCCCUCUCCCUGCCCUCUCUUCUCAGCUCCACCCCGCCACCGUAUUACGAACCUCGCUGAUCACAUAUCUCGUACCAGGGCGUGGAAUGGGUAUACUUCGUCCAAGGUAGCGCCCGUGCAACCGUCUGGCUCGGAGGCGCCAACGCCAGAACAUUCGAUUUCACCACCGGUGACACCGCCGUGUUCCCUGAUAACUCUGGUGAGUCCCUUCACAGCUCAGCCCCCCCUCUCAGGUCGUCUACUAACAGAAUGAAAAAGGUCACUACAUCGAGAACGUCUCCAACGAGACAGUCACCUACCUCGAGAUCUUCAAGGCCGACACCGUAAAAGACUUCUCCCUCUCCCAAUGGCUCUCCCUCACCCCCAAUGACCUCGUCGCCCAAGUCUUGAACGUAAGCAUUGAGACCGUCAAGAAAUUCCGAACCGACAAACCAGUCAUCGUCAUGGGUAAGAAAUAAGCGACCUCUUCCCAAGACAUGAGUAAGAGUAAGAUGGUGGGACUUCAGUGAGUGAGAGAAUGCAGAACGGGGAUCACGGUGGGUUGGCAGAUCUGUGAGGAAUUAUCAGGAGUUUAAUUUCGAGAUGGGAGGGAUAGAGAUGGAUUUAAUUUGUUAGGUGACAAUGUUUUUUUUGGGAUAAUGUUCGGGACGGUUCUUUUCUGGAGGGAGUGGAGGAAAGUAUGGUGAAUCCAUGUUAGAAA